UGUUGAAAAAGAACAAGAAUAGAUUAGGUCAAUGAAUAUUGUUGUUGCGACUCCUACCAAGAAUUAAUUUGAUAAUAACUUAGUGAAACAUUAUGGCUAAUUACCGCCAAAGAAACUACAACAUAUAUGACCCAGACGGCGCCGAUGUCUUCCCAGACACGUUGUACACGGGGCCGCCAUCUAGAACGAAAAUUCUCAACGACAACAUGGCUUACCCUGGCAGAACAGACUCCUACUACAGAGGUCAGCAACCACUGGCGUGGUCGUCACCACGAAAACAACAGAUCUCAGACAGUUCUUUUGAGAGAGGUUACAAACAUUCUGACACGGAACCUUCCACAGCGAGACAAUCUGACGAUACCAACAGUGCCAUGAGAGCCAUUGCUGUUCGCUUUGCGGAGAACACGUCGAUGGUGGGUGUGCCGUACAUCCACCACUCCACGGCGUGGUAUGCCAAACUGGCGUGGGUACUCUUCCUGCUGGCCGGGCUGGGAGCCAUGACGUUCCAUCUCUACCAUUUGUCAGAUACGUACUUCGCGUGGCCCAAGCACACCACUGUCGUCCUGGGCUUCGAGAGUCUGAAAUUCCCUGCGAUCACCGUCUGCAACAUCAACCCCGUAAAGAUGUCUCAGCUUUACAGAGGAAGUCCACAGUUUCAGCAACUUCUCGAUUCAGUGAGAGCGGAGAACAUGGCGAAGAGAAUAGAACAGCAACGUCUUGGUGCAGCGAACCCGCCUCUUGAAGGCCAAGCUCCACCACCAGACGUGGGAAAUGGAGGCACAGGAGGCGGAGUGACUGGAGGUACAGACGGUGGGCCAACUGGAGGCGCAGGAGGUGGAGCGACUGGAGGUGCAGGAGGCGGAUCGACUGGAGGCGCAGGAGGUGGAGCGACUGGAAGUGCAGGAGGCGGAUCGACUGGAGGUGCAGAAGGCGGGGCAAAAGGUGGUACAGGAAGCGGAGCGACUGGAGGUACAGACGGUGGCCCAACUGGAGGCGCAGGAGGUGGAGCGACUGGAGGUGCAGGAGGCGGAUCGACUGGAGGUGCAGGAGGCGAGGAAACUGGAGGUACACGAAGCGGAGCGACUGGAAGUACAGGUGGAGCAACUGGAGGUGCAGGAGACGGAUCGACUGGAGGUGCAGGAAGCGGGGAAACAGGAGGUUCAGGAGGAGCGACUGGAGGAGGGGCAACAGGAGGUGCAGGAGGCGGGGCAACUGGAGGUACAGGAGGCGGAGCAACAGGAGGUACAGGAAACGGAGCGACUGGGGGUGCAGGAGGCGGGCAAAAUGGAUCAACAGGAGGUGGGGCAACAGGAGGCGGGGCAACUGGAGAUGCAGGAGGCGGGGCAACAGGAGGUGGAGGUGGUGGAGCAACUGGCGAUGCAGGAAAUGGAAGUACCUCGAAACCACCACCCCGCAAUCGGCGAGAGUCGCGCACUAAGAGAUUUGUCGAGCCAGAUUACAACUACACGAACCCGUACGACGUGCCACCUCCACCGAGACCCGGCGAGGAGGACACGUGGAGGAACCAAGGGAAGAAGAUUGCCCAGGCUCAGAUGGUAGACGAUUUUGUCUCCAUUUAUUCAAGUAUGAAAAGAAAAACGCGAAUUGAGAUGGGUCAUCACAUUAGAGACAUGUUGAUAAAAUGUUCCUUCGCAGGACGGGAAUGCGUUGCUGAAAACUUUACGAUUUCAACCACCACGACAUUUGGGAACUGUUUCACCUUACAAUACGACCAGUUUAUCAGCAGACGAAGUGGUCCACAAGAAGGACUAGAAUUGUGGCUCAAUCUUGAGAAAGCCGAGUUUUUACGAGGAUGGACGAACGGUGACGGACUUCAUCUAGCUGUUCACGAACUCAAAUCUCUACCAAUGGUGGAGCAGGACGGAAUCGCAAUAUCCGCCGGAACUGAAACGUUCGUCGCUCUUCAACUGUUGAACAUUGAGAGACUAGGCCCUCCAUACGGAGAAUGUAACGACGGGGUAGAAUUCCACCAGCUGUAUGGUUUGGUUUACUCCCGACAGGUAUGCCAGAUGUUCUGCGAGCAGAGUCUGAUAAUUGAGUACUGCGGCUGCAUCGACGGCCGACAGGACGAGGUGAACGUGCAGAUGAAGGUCAAAGAGAAGUACUCGCCUUGUCGAGAGUCGGACGACAUCUUGUGUAUGAAUGAAAUAAAACAAGAUUUUGAAUUUAAUAAAAAGACCUGUACAUGUCUGAACCCCUGCAGUGAAACAAAAUACACGAAAACUCUUUCAGCAAGACCAUGGCCUUCAGAAGAAUAUGGGAAAGUGCUGGUGCAAGAAAUGUGUGCUAAAAGGAACAAUGAGACACAGUGUCAGCAAUUUCAAGAUUAUACCCAUCAACAACUGUCGAAAGAUUUUGUAAAGCUGAGCAUAUACUUUGAAGAUUUGAACUACGAAAACAUCACAGAAGUAAUAGACUAUGAGUUAUCCCAGUUCCUGUCUGAUAUCGGAGGAACAAUCGGUCUGUGGAUCGGCUUGUCUGUCCUCAGUCUGUGCGAAGUGGGACAGCUGCUUCUCGAAAUCACCCUCUACUUCUGUAACUGCAAAGGAAAAAAGAAACCACGCAAAAAUGAUUCAAGAAACCACAAAUAAUCGUCUCUCAGAAUAUUUACAAAAUGGUGCAGGCAAAAUUAUAUGUUUACCGUGUAGUCACAAUAUUUAUUGUAAAAAUUAACAAACAACAAUACAAAACAUGAUCAGUAUAAUAUAUCCAUCUAUGACCAAUACAUGUUAACAGGAAGGGUCAGUGUUAAUUAUUCUUUUAGGUUAAUAGUCGCUGUAAUGGCUAAUCUCUCGUCGAAAGAGACAGUGAGGCAGACAGAGAGAAAGAAAAAGGCAGAAAACAUAUAGAGGGGUGUGGGGGAGGGCAGGCGUCCGCAUGUUAUGUACAGCCAUAAAAUUGUACAUACCCGUGUA